CCUCGCCUGUCCCCAGCUUGCCCACUGGCUCCUUCGGGGCGAGCUCCUUCCACCGCCGCCCGCACGGGGCGCUGUCCCACUCGCUGAGCGGCAGCGCUCAGGAGGCGCGGCUUCCGGCCUCUCCUCCUCCUGCUGCUGCGCCUCCUCCUCGGCGCCCCUCACAGCAGCAGCAGCGGCGGCCACGGGUCGGGCCUGGGAUGCCAAGAUGGCGUCGGCGGCGUCGGUGUCGGUCUUCCCCGGCGUGCGGCUCCUGACCAUCGGCGACGCCAACGGCGAGAUUCAGCGGCACCAGGAGCAGCAGGCGCUCCGCCUCGAGGCCCGCACCGGGCCCGACGCCGCCUGCCUCGCCCUCUAUAGCCAAGAUGAUGUUUGCGUGUUCAAGUGUUCUGUGUCGAAGGAGACGGAAUGCAGUCGAGUGGGCAAGCAGUCUUUCAUUAUUACACUGGGGUGUAAUAGCGUCCUUAUACAGUUCGCAACGCCAAGUGACUUCUGCUCAUUUUAUAAUAUCUUGAAAAACUGUCGGGGCCACAACAUUGAGCAGUCUGUGUUCAGUGAGCGUACAGAAGAGUCUUCUGCUGUGCAGUACUUUCAGAUUGUAUUAGAUGUUGGCUGUGGUUCUGGCAUCCUGUCGUUUUUCGCAGCACAGGCCGGAGCAAGAAAAAUCUAUGCAGUGGAAGCCAGUACAAUGGCUCAACAUGCAGAGGUUUUAGUAAAGAGUAAUAACCUCACUGACCGGAUCGUGGUCAUUCCUGGGAAGGUAGAGGAGGUCUCCCUUCCAGAACAGGUGGACAUCAUUAUCUCUGAGCCAAUGGGGUACAUGCUGUUCAAUGAACGUAUGCUGGAGAGCUAUCUGCAUGCCAAGAAGUAUUUAAAGCCCAGUGGGAAUAUGUUUCCAACCAUUGGGGAUGUCCACUUAGCACCAUUCACAGAUGAGCAGCUCUACAUGGAACAAUUCACAAAAGCUAACUUUUGGUAUCAGCCAUCCUUCCAUGGGGUAGACUUGUCAGCACUUCGGGGUGCAGCAGUAGAUGAAUAUUUCAGGCAGCCUGUUGUGGACACCUUUGAUAUCAGGAUUCUAAUGGCCAAAUCUGUUAAAUACACAGUGAACUUCUUAGACGCCAAAGAAGCGGAUUUGCACAGGAUAGAAAUCCCGUUCAAAUUCCACAUGCUGCAUUCAGGUCUAGUCCAUGGGUUGGCUUUCUGGUUUGAUGUAGCCUUCAUCGGUUCAAUAAUGACCGUUUGGCUUUCAACCGCUCCAACAGAGCCUCUAACCCACUGGUACCAAGUUCGGUGCCUCUUUCAGUCUCCACUUUUUGCUAAGGCUGGUGACACCCUCUCAGGGACAUGCCUGCUCAUCGCAAACAAGAGGCAAAGUUACGACAUCAGUAUUGUUGCUCAAGUUGAUCAGACAGGCUCCAAGUCCAGCAACCUCCUUGACCUGAAAAACCCAUUUUUCAGGUACACAGGUACAACUCCUUCACCCCCGCCAGGCUCGCACUACACCUCUCCUUCAGAGAACAUGUGGAACACAGGUGGCGCCUACAACAUGAGCACAGGGAUGGCUGUUGCUGGGAUGCCCACAGCCUAUGAUCUCAGCAGCGUGAUUGCUGGUGGCACCAAUGUUGGCCACAACAACCUUAUUCCUCUAGCCAACACUGGGAUUGUCAAUCACACCCAUUCCCGGAUGGGAUCCAUCAUGAGUACAGGGAUUGUUCAAGGUUCAUCUAGUGGUCAGAGUGGAGGAACAUCAAGUGCUCACUAUCCUGUCAACAGUCAGUUCACUAUGGGAGGCCCGGCCAUUUCCAUGGCAUCUCCCAUGUCCAUCACAACCAACACAAUGCAUUAUGGGAGCUAAGAGACCCUCACCCCUGAUCCUCUGAACUGACAGCACCAGGAAACCAAAUGAAGAAGAAAAAAUUCCGCCCUGCCCACCUGCCUUCUGCACCUCAGUUUGGCAAUUGCUUCUCUGGAUUUCUUCCACCCCCUGCCUCCCCCCCCAAAAAAAAAAAUUAGGCUUGCCAGAGAUGUUCUGACCCUUGUACAAUAGAAGACACCCCCCACUCGUUCUUUGAUAGCAGACUUGUACACUUUUUUAUGAAAUGUUGGAAACUUCAACUUGCUCAACCAUGACUGAGUUCCUGCGCUCACUGUGUCUUACAACCAAUCAUGUCGCUAGUGGUAUCAUUCUUCAAAUCUUCCAUGACUGAUCAGCAUUAGGCACAGGUUGUAGAGCAAAGCUGCAAGAGGGCUUCUCAGCAGUACUGUGGACAGCCCAGCAGCAGUGCUAGUAACCUGAGCCUUCAUCCUUGCUCCCAGUGUUUUGAACGAAGGGGCUGCAGCUGGCUGUAGAGUGGGCACAGGCGAAAAUCCAGCUGCUCAUCCUUCCAUCUAUGCGUUGGUUUCUUCCACCCAACCCAACCUCCGGGUUCAUUGCUUUGCUAAGACUUAGGAGGAGGAAGUGUUUCCUGCCGCGAGGGAAAAGCGAAGGCCGACAAGCCCUCCUGGCUGGCUUUGUGAGGAGUUCUGGCAACUUACUGCUGUAGAUCUUUGGGCUUCCGGAAGAACAUCUGAGAUGAGAUGGACUGUUGUGCCACGAGUAUUUUAUCAGCCGGUCUGAUGAUUGCCUGUCUCGGGGGGGAAUCUCGAUGUAGCAUCAAAGGGUUAAAAAAUUUUAAAACAUGAAUGUACCAAAAAGAAAAAAAAGGUUGCUGGCUGAAAGUGAACAGUUUGUGUAUCAGUUUCCUGUUGCUCAGCUCAUCUUGACGGCUAUGCCCAGUUCUGGCUCCAUUUCCACCCUGUUUUCUAGGCUGUUGCAGCUGCUGUCUCUAGUCCAUUUUUCUCUUCAGCUGGGCAGGCAGUGGGUACUGGGUGCCAAGUGGCUUAGUAUAUAGACUUGCCUGCUCCCUGCAGUAGCCACCAGGGACUCUUAGAGUAGAUGGUUCUGGCAUCUGUUAUGGAAGCCCCUUUGUAGUCUUUGUAUGUGUAACCUGUAACCAUUUAUGGUAUUUUCUUUCUUUUGUUCCUUUCAGAGCCACCAGUUGGCAUGUUCGAAAGGAAUUGGCAGGGACCCGUUUUAUGGAGGGGGGGGAGUGUGUUUUACUUAGGCAGUUUCCUUUGGCUCCCAACCGGGGCUUGGUGGGCUGAAUUUGGGGGGGGGGAGGGAGGAGGGGUCUUGUGCAGAAGCUCCAUAGUGGCUGAAUUGUGGGGUCUACACAGUCAAUUGUUAGGUCUGGCUGAUCAAUGAUUUUGUGACUAUUGAAUAAAACUGGGAGGGUUUUGAA